AUGCUUCCUUCCAUAAAUGGAAUCAAGGACUUUAUCUGGUCUCUUCAAACAGCACCAAAGAUAAAGAUCUUUCUUUGGAAAGCGGUCAGUGGAGCACUUCCUGUGGCUGAUAAUUUGAUCUCACGAGGAAUGGCUGUGGAUUCAAGAUGCCAAGUAUGUGGUUUAGAAGGAGAAUCCAUUAAUCAUGCUCUAUUCACAUGUACUUUGGCUCGUCAAUAUUGGGCAAUCAGUAAUUUUCCUCGACCACAUUCAGGUUUCUCGACUUCUUCUAUUUACUCCAAUAUAUUCUACGUUCUUAAAGCCAGAGAAAUUCCUUCCAUUCCUUCCUCUAUUAGUAGAGCGGGUCCUUGGAUCAUUUGGAAUAUAUGGAAAAAUAGGAACUCUCAUUUCUUCGACAACAGCACGUCCUCUGCUCCUACUUUUCAUGCUAAUUUGUAUGAGGAAGUCAAUCAUUGGUUCCUCAUUAAAGCCUUGGAGAAGUCGGAAAAAGCUAUUGAUCUUGAACGGAAGAAGAAACUAAUAUUUGGUUGGAAGCCUCUGCCCCCUCUCUCCUUCAAAUGUGACAUUGGUUACGCCUGGAGUCGGCAAAAGAAAGAAAGUGGUGCCUCUUGGGUUCUUCGGAAUGAUUCUGGUCAAGUUCUUCUUCAUGGACGCCGAUCUUUUUCAGGAAUCACAUCUCGUUUGGACGCCUCUUUACAAAGUUGGUUAUGGACAACAGAAAGUCUCAAGACCCUCCACUAUGACUCAAUUAUUUUUGUUAGUGAUAAUCGUGAUAUUGUAGCUGCAGUAUCUGAUCCUUCAGCUUGGCCAUCAUUGAAGUUCUACUCUCAAAUGAUUCGCCUCAACUUACAUGAUUUUUUGGACUGGAAGGUUCAGUUUAUGAAUCGCAGGGACAUUAAGGGAGCAUCUCUUAUAGCAGAUAGUGUCAUCAAAGAAUAUCGAUUUCAAUCCUACAUUGCCUCGGGUCCUCCUCUUUGGCUCCGACAUAUCUUCCGGACGGCUUAA